AUGAUUAUAAAUCAAUGUGACAUCCAAUUAAAUAUGAAUCCCUUGAAAUAAUCAUUAAUUAAUAAAUUUCAUCGUAAAACUUGUGAUAAUUCAAAAUGUGUAUGCUCUAAGAUGUUUAUCUAAGAAGUUUCUUAAGCAAAUGCAAUUACCUACCAGAUUCUCAAAUAAUUUCUAAGAUCUAAAAUAAAUAACAUUAUGGAAACCAAAAAUAUCCUAAAAAAUACUUAAAUUGGUGAAUUAGUAUUCAUACAAACUUUAAUGUAUUAUGAUUAUGGAUGGUUAACAGAUUGUAUUAAGAAUCUAACUAGAUUAUUGAACUGUUAAGAUAAAAAUUAGAAUCUAAUUAUUAAGAAUCUUAUUUAACAAGUUUCUAAUUUUGAUGAGUCAUUCAAUGAAACAUCUACAAAAAAAGCUUAAUCAGAUUAAUAAUUAGCUUAAUACAUUAAUGUGAAGGUGUAACUUAAUAUGGCUUAAUAUUGUAGAUUAAAUUUCAUUUUACAUUUAGCUAAAUUUAAAUUAAAAUCAUUUUUAGGUACAUCUAUGUAAGCUUAUUAAUAAUUGAUAGUCUCUGAUUUUAUAUUUUCAUUUUUGCAAUAUGAUAAAAGUUUAAGAGAUAUACAUGCUAAAACUUAAAAUUUGAUUCUUGAUAAAAUCCAUUUUUAUAAUUUAACAAUUAAAGAUGAUAAACAAGAUUUCUAUCAAUUUGCAUAAUAGACUAAAAUAAUUUGUGCUAAACUAGAUUAAUUAAAAAAGCUGAUCAAAUAAACAUAUAUUCAAUAUCCUUGUAAGAGUAUAUAACGAUGUUUGUGUUUUUUUUAAAGUGAAUUAUUGAAUAGUUAUUAUGAAGCCAAUAAAACAUCUACUCUAACAUCAAUGACGGAUGAUAAAAUAUUUAAGAAUAAGAAAAUAAGAAAUUAUGAAAUUCAAGUAGAACAAACAGCUUAUAUAAUUUUAUCAAUUAAAGGAACUUUAGAUGAUUUCAAUAUUGAAUAAGUUUCAUCUUAUUUUUUGCAGCUUAUUGGUUAUGAAACAUUUAAGGAUCUUCAAUUUAAUUCACUAUUGCCUAAAUUUAUGAGAAAUAGUCAUCCAAUAGUUAUAAAUAAUUUUUUUAUUAAUGGUCAAUCUAGUUUUUAUAAAAGCUUUAAUUAAAGUUUUAUUUAAUGUAAAACAGGACUUUUAAAAACUAUUUUUUUAAGUUAUGAUAUCACUAAAAUAAUUAAAAAUUAGAAUUUAGUAUUUGCAGCAUUUCUUUAAGAGUUGCCAGAUUAAAAGUGUUUUAUAUUAUCACAUGGUGGAAAAGGAAAACUUAAUUUUUCAGAAAACUUUUUUAAGAAAAUUGGGUUUGACUAAAAAGUUAUAUUAAAUCUACCAUUAAAUAUAAUAAAUAAUCUAAGUUUACAAUAUAUUCUUCCUGAUUGUCAAAUUGAUCAUUCCGAAACAGAAACAUCUUAAAUUAAUACAGAAAUGAGAUUUUUAAUGGACAAAAGAUUGAAAGAAUUAUAAAAUCAAGGAAUAGAUUUAAUUGAAUAUAUUAUGGAUCUAAAAUAAUGGGAAAAAGAAGAUUAAAUAUAUCAAUAUAAUGUAACAGUUAUGAUUACAAAGCGUUUCAUUUAGGAAUAAUCUUAUUUUUUAAUCGAAAUUUCAUCAAUUACAAGAUUGACUAAGUUUUCAUAAGAUAACUCAAGGUUAUAGACUUUUCAAAAUAUUGAUUAUUUUUCCUAAAGAUAAAGAUCUCCUAUUCCUCAAGAAAGAAAAAAUUCAAUUAGCAUAACUUCAUAAAUAAAUAUAAGCAUUGACGCUUAACCAAAAAGAGUAAAAGUUAUUGAUAUAAAAACAAAAGAAAUUUUGAAAAAUAAUUAAUCUGAAGAUGAAGUUGCUUGUAAUAUUGCAUCAUUUAGAAAAGAAGAAUUACAAAUUCAUGUUCCUUAUUAAAGUCAAAGAUUAUUGUUAUCAGACAGAAAAAAUGAUACUUAAUAGGAAUUCUUCAAUAUAGACUAAUUGAUGAUGGAUUCAAAUAUUCAAUCAUCUUUGGAAAUCUAGAAGUCAUAGAUUAAUAGUAAAAAGAAAAUAGAUGAAAAUGAUGAAAUUUAAUCUCAAUAGUCUUCUUUAGGAGGUUUAAAGGAUUCUUAGCUUUUUAAGAAAUUUGAAAUGAUAGAGAAGAUUAUAAAAAGUAAAAAAUUUAGUAUCAUAAUAAUCUAUAUAAUUUUAUUAAUAUUACUAAUUAUGUUUUGGUUAUCCUAUACGAUAAUAGUGGUAACAGCAAUGUCAUCUUAAUUAUUAUAAUUUAUUUAAGAAAUAGAUAUGAUAUCUUUGCAUGCUAGUAUAAUGGGACCACAUGAUUUGUAUUUAUCAAUUAAAAUAACAAUAACUGCAUAUCAACAAUAAAAUAGAGAGAAAUAUAUAGAUUCUUCUACUUUGUUAAAGUUGAUUGAUCCAUUAUAUUAAUUCAAUGCUCCUUAUUAUUUUGAUUUAUAAGAUAGUUAUUUUGAGAUUUUGACGAAUGAUCAUUUAACUGAAUUCUUCAUUGAUUAGUAUGAAACUGUAAUUUUUAUGGGUUAAAAUGAAACAGUUACUUAUAGCAAGAUAUUAUCAUUUAGAGAAGAACUUCUAGCAAUUAUCAAUGCAUAAUAUUAAUUUAAAAGGCUAUUUGAUUAACGAAAAUAUGCACCUGGAUAACCAUUCUAAGUUUUUUAAUUUGCUAAUUAUUUUAAUUUAUAAGAUUAAUUAGAAUUACUAACUGAUGAAAUAUUGUAAUUUUCAAAAUCAAGAAGUUUAACUUCAAAUAUUUAAUGGCUUAUUAUUUUGAUUAUAUAUUAAAUAUUUUCAGUUUUAUUAGGAGUAGUCAUUAUUUUAGUUAAAAAAAGAAUGUUAAAAACUUAUGAAAAUUUAUUAUGUUUAUUUUAUUAUUCUGAUAAGAAUUCAAUAGAAUAGGAAAUUACUAAACUUAAAAAUCUACAUUAAUAGAUUUCCAAAAAUGAAGAAACAAUACAGAAAUAUGAUUUCGAUUUUAAAGAGAGGGAAGAAUUUAAUAAUAGAAAAAAGAAGGAGAAUAAUUAAUAGAAAUCAGAAAAAUCAAAAUUAUAAAGAAAUAAAAAAUUACCAUAAUUAAUUUCAUUUUUGGGAAUAUUUUUGAUGUAUGUUUACUUUUUAUUGUUCUCAGUUAUAAUUUUCUAUUAAACCAAGAAUUAUCUAACAAAAUAUAGACAAACAACUGAUUUUUAUAGAUUAGUUUAGGAUAUGAGGUUUAGGAGUGGAACACUUUAUGUUUACAGAGAAAUACUUUUUAGAUGGUCAAAUUUCAGUUAUUUAACAACACAUGAUUAGAAUCGUUUAUAUUAAUUAGUUGAAAAAUCAUAGAAUAUAAUAUAAUAAUAUUUAAUUAUUCAGAAUGAUCAAUAAAAUGAUUAAUAUUUGCUCUCAGAAAAUUAUAUUAAUUACAUAAGUAAAGUUUAGAAUGAAAAUUUGUGCAAUUUCAUUGAUGCUGUAUUUAUUUUAUAUAACAUAGAAAUACAUCAACUUAACAAUUUAUUGUUAAAUUGCUUUAGAUGGAGUUCUUCUUAAAGGCAUGAUUCCAAGUUUAAAUUAUAUAUCUACUGCAAUUAGGAAUUAACAGGCAAUAAAUAAUUUUACUAAAAGAGUAGAAGUUCAUUUUUAUGAAUUGGAAGGUGCUUAGAUAAUUAGUCAAGUAUUUUCCAAUGUAUCUUAAUAAUUAAAAUCAGGAAUGAUUGAAUUGACUCAAAAUUUUAACCAUAUUAAUAAAGUAAAAAUAAAAUUUAAAUAGAUUCUUUCUUAUUUAUUCAUGGCAUCUUAAUUGAUAUUGUCAAUUAUUAUACUAAGCUGCUUUAGAAAAUCUUUAAUAGAUGAAUUCAUUAUUUAUAAGAAAUCUCUAUAUCUUAUACCUAUCAAAGUAUUUUUAGAGGAUAAUUCUUUGGAGAGAGCCUUAAGAUAAUUUGAAUUUGCAGAAAACAUUUGA